AUGGAUUUAUUCCGCUCCGAUCGUCUGGAAUACCAUAGUUUCAACUCUCCUGAGGAUGACGACUUCUUCCAUUCCGUCCAGAGUGAUCCGGUUGCCUUCACAAACUCCUGUGCAUCACUCAUACGACCCAUGGACCGCCAAUUUACCGAGAACAUCAAAAAGCACCUCAUUGAGAACUCGCUGUUGUUUGUGGUCAUCUGUAGAACCACCGACGAUUCAGGCAGCCGGAUACCAUCUGAACGCAUCGGCACACUUUUCUUGAAGUCUCCAAGUCCAGAUAUGGCCCAUCACCGUUGCUCAGAAUUUGGCAUUGAUAUCAAGAAAGAAUAUCAAACCCGGGGAUACGGCGGCGAGGCAAUCGACUGGAUGCUUGACUGGGCGUUCAAGAAUGCUGGUCUGCACCGAGUGGAGUGCAAUGUCUUUGGUUGGAACACUCGCGCACACAAGAUCUAUCAGAGACUUGGCUUCCGGGAGGAGGGACGGAGAAGGGAAUGCUUGUUCAAAGAUGAUCAAUGGUGGGAUGAAGUGCAUUUGGGAAUUCUCAAGGAGGAGUGGCGGAAAAUCCGACAGGACCAAGCCACCGUGUGA